UUACAGAAACGUGACUUUAACCAGGAUAAAAAUUACGUUUCAUGUUCUGAACGCGUCUCUAGCCAAGAGUUCAAUUCCAUUAGUUCGCACGUAAUGUCGUUUUUAUUGAGCUACCCCUAUCACCUGCAGGUGAUGCAAGGUCUCCGGGAUUCGGUAGCAAGUCCACAAGUCCUCGACAGAACCGCUAUAUAUCCUUAUCGUGAGAGGUGCUUGCAGGAAUAUCAAAUCGCCGAUAGGAAUAUUUGGUUCCAGCUCGAGCACCUUUUGGGCUAUGCUUUGUAUGGCCAAUGGAUAGAAACAGAUGGAUAG